CUCUCCGCCCACUGCCCUUUUUUUUCUCGUCCGACACCACUUUGUCAUCUUAAUUUUUAAUUCCCAGCCAGACGCCGCAGCCUCUCUAGACCGUCUGUUUGCCGACUGCGCCCCAAAGCUUGAGCUCUGGCUCCCGCCCUGCCUAGCAAAGCACAGCACAGCAAAAGAAUCAUAGCUUGCCGCCACCCCGUUGCUCUCCAGGAACAUGGUCCCUGGCCAGUGACGUGACGCUGCGCAUCUCCAGAGCGCACCAGUUUAGGCCUACAGGGCCCCGGCUGCCUGUCUUGCAUCUCUCGAUAGAGAGCCACCGCUUCUCUUUUCUCCUGCCAUAACCUCCCUCUUUCCUCCUCCUUGCCGCAUAUACGGAGUACUUAUCCUCGGGCAUCCCCUUACGCUCGGCCCCAGCUGGAUACAAUCAUGUCUUCCGCAUCGGCAGCCGCUCAAGGGUUCUCCGUGCCUCACGACACCGACAGCCCUCUUACCCUCGAUCGCGACUUUGACUUCGACUCUCAGCCCCGCGAUCCAGUGGCAGCUGGUACUGGACAACAGCAACAGCAACAGCAGCAGCAGCGCUCAUCAAUCGACUCAAACUUGCUAUCACCCUUCCUAUCUCGAGUUAACAGUGACUCUCUCUCCCCUGCGAACCCCUCAGAAACACCUGCCGGAUCCUCGACAUUGAGCCUCUACCAGUCCAGUGAUUACAGCGACUUUGACGACGACCCUUUCUUCGGCGCCAACUUUACCAAUCCCGAGGUCGGCACGCCAUCCUUUUUGGACGACCACAGCGUAUGGGACCUCUCACUAAACAACACCCCAGCAGUUGAACCUCAGCAAGAACAUAAUGCCAACGACGAUAAUUAUCCUCUAACCCCGGAUCAGACUGCUUCCGUCCAUACAUUAUCACCACGAAGCGAGGAGAGAGCAGCUCUCACGCGACCGGAUCAACAUCAGCUACCCAGCUCCAUCUCACCGCAGGAGCUUCAGAAGCCCUUCAAGCCCAAUCCCCUUGUCAUUCCAGCACCCCAGUUGACGCCAAGCCAGACGGAUAGCGCACAGUCCAGCGAAGACGGAUUAGCACCUGCUCCCGUCGAUAUGAGAUGUCAGAGUCCUCGCGUCACCAUCUCUGUAUGGGACAAAGAUAACAAUGGUCCCGUCCAUACCGUCGAACGUUCUUUCGAAGAUAGUCCGUCGACGGUACGAGGGGGCCUCGAGUCUGCCGGAGACUUGAUAACAUCAUCCAUGAACUAUGGUCAGGCCAAACCUGUUACUAGAGACUCUACGGGGCAAUGGCGGCGCGACCCUACCACCGGCCUGGCCGGUUUGGAUCCAAAGAGGCGGCCUGGGGAGGCCAUCGCAAGCAUUAACGAGAUUAUGAGCCGUCAAGAGAUUGAGGAGAAAAAUGGCGAGGUCGACAAAUGGCUUACUGGUAAUCUCAAUGAGAUUGUUCCCCCGGCCACGCCGUCUCCUGAGGAUAUUAGCGCCGCAGAAGAGCAGAGCCGCAACAGCAAUGACAGCAUUCCUCUUGGGGACCAAACUGAGAAUAAAUACAUCCCCGGCCAAACUUAUUACUCUCCUAAUGGCGCUGGCCAGUUGGCUGAUGAGGACUACGAUAUCAUCUAUGCUAAUCGCAAUUGGGCCGAUGCCCCCAUUCUUCCCUCUAUCAGAAACAGCGGAGAGAGCCGUCAUCAACCACAGAGCUCACAAGCCGCCAUUGAGCGCUUCGAGAGGAUGUGCCGUGAUAAUGACUCAAUCAUCUCUCGAGCUGCAACCUGGGGUACUCGCCGACGCAGCUUACCCAGCGUUGUCGACGUCGAUAUCGAGGGCAUCACCAGCGGUAAUUUCUUGAAGAAGCUCUCCAUCAGUCGAAGCGGUGAUAAGAGCAACAAAUCUGGCAGCCUCUUGAAGGACCUUCGCGGUCUUGUUCGGCGUCCUAGCGGUUCACAUGCGCGCAAGCGCUCGCGUAGUGGACAGCGUGAGGCUUCAAAUGAACAGGCAGAGCAACCACCAACUCACAAUAAACGUGAUAGCCUACCGCACUUCUCUCCCAUGUCACGAACACCCAGCUGGGGAAAGAAGCACCAGACUCCCAGUAUCAAUACUGCCUUAGUAUCCAUGGGCCAAAACUUUGCUUCCAUUGGUACUACGCAUUCGCGCGCUGGAUCUAUCAGCACCAUCCCGCCUCCACCUUCCAAAGGCCCCUUUCCCAGUCUUAGUGUGAAAGGCUCUCUAAGACGACCGCGAAGCAAGUCAGACUUGCCCAAGCCAUCCGCCGCCCCCAACAACAGUAAUAUCGAUAGUGGUCACUCUAGCCUCGCUGAUAUGUGGAGGAAAUCUGGUGGACCGCCUGUAGCAGCCCUUAGGCAAGCCGCUGCUCCCGUCGAACCAGACGACGACGAUGACGACGACGACGAUUUUUACGAAGAUAACGACAUGAAGAUGAACCCCAAUAUCAUUGAUGACAUCACUCCAAACUUUGCUGGCUUUCAACAGCACAUCCAGACCCUGAACCAAGCACUAUCCCCUGCACAUAGCUACCUUGUAGAUCGAAUUGCCCACCAGCAGAUUAUUAGGUACAAGCAGCUACUUAAUAACAAAGUCAAACACCUCGGCCUUGGGGCCAACUGCCCUUGCGGUUCGCUCUGCUUGGCACUGGGCGGCUCAGCGAACCUGCUGAGUUCAAGGGGAGGAGAUAAUGGCAAUGGCAAGGGAUUAGAUGCAUUAUCAACGCAUUACGAUGAUGACGAUGAUGUCACGCCGACUGAAGGCGCCAUUAACCAGGAGAGCUUCCCAACUGAUAUACCCAUGCCGCCAACACAACAUUUGCCGGCAGAGUUUGAAUGCCAGCUGUGUUACCAGAAGAAGAAGUUCCACAAGCCAUCCGACUGGACCAAGCAUGUACACGAGGAUGUGCAGCCUUUCACAUGUACGUGGGAUAAAUGCCGGGAUCCCAAGAUCUUCAAGCGCAAGGCCGACUGGGUCCGCCAUGAAAAUGAGGGCCACCGCCACUUGGAGUGGUGGACGUGCGAUGUUGAGGAUUGCCGGCACACAUGCUAUCGCCGCGACAAUUUCUUGCAACACCUCGUUCGUGAGCACAAAUUCCAAGAACCCAAGGUGAAGACCAAGGCGGCAAUGAAAAAGGUCGGCACAGUCGAUCCAACGUGGCAAAAGGUUGAGCGCUGCCAUGUAGAAACGAACAAACAGCCGCACGAAGAACCGUGCCGGUUCUGCGGCAAAGUAUUCCCGACGUGGAAGAAGUUGACUGUUCACCUAGCCAAGCAUAUGGAGCAAAUCUCGCUUCCUGUGUUGCGCUUGGUAGCGGCCAAAGCAAAAGAACUGGCAGCGGACACCAUCAUCAGCCCAGUCCAAGACCCCCCUCCACGGCACGAAAUUCCACUCAUACCAGAUCAAAAUUCGCCUGCAAUGCGAUAUCCAGACAAUGGCCAGCAGCAGCUUUCCUCGGCCUCACCAAUGCCGCCGCUGCCGCAGCAGCAGCAGCAGCAACCAUCAUCGAUGCCAUAUCCGCAGGCCCAAAAUCAAUUCAUGUAUUCUCAGGUGAUGAAUCCUGGCCAAUUCCACUCGUCUUUCUAUCCUCAAUUCGACAACAUUAGCCAAAAUCUACACCAAAACCAGUCAAUGGCUGCUAGCCCGCUAGUUCAUGGGUUUGACCCCGGCCGGCGGGUUCAGGACCUGCCCGUCACCUCGGCUCCGUAUGGACAGGGGUCAAAUCCGUAUACCGCCAUGACAAUCCAAAAUGAGGUGGAGCCAUUCCCACCCCUGAAUGCAUUGGGUUUGCAGAACGUGUCUGUACAGGUCGCUGCUGCCCCCCCUAUGAACACGCAGAUGUACGACGGCAUGAUAGACCCUUCGAGCGUCCAAGGCAGCCCGUUCAGCGGACACGAUACGCUGUCGACUUACUCACAUUCCCCUCAUCAGGGAGCUACUAUUCAUCUAGAUACCAAGGGCUGGGAUGAUGGACAGCAGGCGUCUGGGUUUUAUUGAAGCGUUGAAUGACCACUAGGUUAUCAUGCGACGCAAUUUCCCUUUCUCUUUUUCAUUUUCUUCAUUUUUUUUUCUCUUUUCACUGGUUCAUGCUCAUAUUAGAGUUGGAUAAAAUUUGAAGGUAUGGAUUCAAUUUGCUAUUAUGAAGGGCUAGGAACGAGCAGCAGUAUUUCUUCACUACAGUAGCUUGUUAUAUAAGCAUUUUUUUUUGUUGCGAUUUAGCAUGCGAGUUGGAUCAUUGCGGAGAGCAGUUUACAAAACAGGACAUCUCCUUUCCUUUGUUUCCCCUGCUUUUUCUUGCAUAUUACAUUAUCCAUUAGCUAUAGCAAUCAUUCGGAAAGUGCGUUGAAGAGGAAUAAAGAAUUCAAUCUUGUACGUUAUAAGCCAUUGACUUGGAUAACGAAGCUGCACAUGUCUUGCAUAAUACGCUUUAUACAAGACAUAGCUCC